AUGGCAUGGGAUCUGAGGGAUAAAACCGUGGUUAUCACAGGUGGAAACGUUGGUAUUGGGUACGAAAUUGCUGAUAAAUAUCUGGAAAAAUGUGCAAAAGUUGUUAUAUUACUUGGAAGAAAUGAAGACAACGGCAACAAAGCUUUUGAAUCUUUAAAAGAAAGGUAUGGGAAAGACAAAGCGGUGUUUUUCAAAUGUGAUGUUACAAGUGAUUUGGAAGAAAUUUACAGAAAAAUAAUCGACACAUAUAAAAAUGUGGAUGUAUUGAUCAAUAAUGCUGGAGUAUUAAACGAAACAGAAAUUAGAAAUACUAUAAAUGUUAAUGUUACAGCGUUGAUUGAAUGGUCUUUUAAAUUCUGGGAGCACAUGAGGAAAGACAAAUCCGGAAAAGGCGGGACUAUUAUUAAUAUAGCGUCUAUUUAUGGAUAUAGAGUUGACCAAUACGUGCCGGUAUAUCAGGCAUCAAAGUUCGCUGUAAUGGGUUUUACAAAAUCACUUGGCAAUAUUGAAAAUUUUAAGGAAUUCGGAGUUCGAGUGGUGGCAAUUUGUCCCGGAUUCACGGAAACCAGACUGGUUGUUGAUCCAAAAACGGUGAUAAAAGAUACCAAAUUCAAAGAAUUCACUAAAAAGCAAGCAUGGCAAACAGUUGAAGCGGUCGGAAUUGCAGCAGUUGAGGUAUUUGAAACAGCUGGUAGUGGUACUGCAUGGUUAAUUGAAGGAGCAAAACAGAUUGAGCAAAUAUUAUAG